UCUAUACUACCACUGAUACAAAACGGUUCGGAGUUCACUUGUCCACAUACUAAAAUGAGUAAUCCAGAGGAAGCCAAAGUGACUACAACUCCACACGUAGUGAAAGAGGAGAUCAUUGCAGGAGGAAAAUGGAUACAGCUUGAGAAGACAACAUACGUCGAUCCUGCAGGAAAUGUCAGGAUGUGGGAGACGGCGAAGAGGACAACGAGACGGACCAACACAGAUGCAGAUGGCGUUGGAAUCAUCGCCCUGCUUAAACGGACGCUCCACAAAGACUGCGUAGUGAUGGUGAAGCAGUUUCGUCCUCCCAUGGGAUGCUACACUCUGGAGUUUCCUGCAGGACUGAUCGAUGAAGGCGAGACUGCUGAGGUAGCUGCACUAAGGGAGCUUAAAGAAGAAACUGGCUAUAAAGGAGAAGUAGUUGGAGUCACUCCAGUGACUUGUCUGGACCCUGGUUUGUCUAACUGCACCACACAGAUCGUCCUGGUGAACAUCAAUGGAGACGAAGGGGAGAAUAUCAACCCAACUCAACAGCUGGGAGAUGGAGAGUUUGUUGAAGUCGUUCUUCUUCCUCUUGAAGAGUUCCAGCAGAAAAUAGAUGAUCUCCUAAAGAAAGAAAAUAUCGUGGUGGAUGCCAAAGUGUACAUCUUUGCCAUGGGGAUGGUUCAGGCCUUCUUUAAGCCAAGGGAGCUCCCGGUCCUGAAGCAGUGAUGCUCAGUGGUUAGGAUGUUACUGUUACAUAAGGCUCCUACAUAGGACUGGAAAAUACUGUUGAAAUAAAAUGCAACUCUUCAAAACUGUAAUAACAUGGUAAGAAGAGUCGUUGCACUGGGGUUUUAAGCACCAUUUGACCUUAUAUUUUAAUAAUCUUAUUAUGAAGUGCAAUGACCAUCUAUAGGGCAAUCAGAAGACACAAUACAACAGUGUGUGUGGUCGCAUUAAUCUUAAAUAGUUAAACCAUCUCUUAAAAACCAAAACAUUUAGGAAUCUAACUUACUGGAAGGUCCAUAAUUAACUGGAUAAUGAUGCUGUUUUUCGUUUUGCCUUCAUUUUCCACCCCAGUGGAUUUCCAUUGGAAACAACACGAUCAAAACUGCGUUGCUGUCCAAAUAAUAGAUCUACUUUUAGAAGGAGCCUUGCUUAUUCAACAUGUUCUACUGGACUAUCCCACACCUAAAGGCCUGAAGCUUACAGUGGCCCGUUGUUAAAUUAUGGCCCACCUGAUGUAGGAUUUUUUUCAGGCAUAGAUGUAUGCCUUUAAUGUCAAACAAUUCCAGGUUUUUACGAGAUUACAUGAGGUGUAGCAGACUAAAAUUUGCUGCAAAUUUUAUGUUGUAGCUGUUAGACAUUCCUUAACUGUUUAACAUUUAAUGUUGUGACGUAAUUGUUUUUACUAUUUGAUUAUUGCAAAAACUGAAUUCCUCUAAAACCUUGAAGCCCCCUGAGAUUAAUCUGCGUUUAAGAAAAAACUCGAAGAUAAAAAUGGUGAAGAAGUCUAACGUUCAAGCUUGAAAUCUGUCGCAAUAUUUAACUAAAGUUGAAAUUAGGAAAUUGUGCAAGCAUUUUGAUUUUUAAAGCGAUAUCUCAGUAUUUUUGAAGUUGGGUUGUAUGAGGUAUUUGGCAGUAGUAGUGGCUAUAACCUCCAGUGAUUCCAGCGGCGUUGCCCCUUCAAAUAUGAUGUGCUUUGAGAAGCUGGGCUAUACGGUGUAACAGACCAGUUUUAGGUAAAACUUGGCUAAAAGACAAUGUUGCCUGAAACUAUGCUUUAUCAAAAAUUUUUGAAGCUUUUUCCCUUCUCAGAAAGCCGCCUUGUUUGGCACUAUUUUGCAAUGCAAGCUUCGUCUACAUACUCUUCCACCUCAGCAUAUCUGAUCAGCAGUUUGGGUCUGCUGGCUUCAACAGAGAUGACAACAAACUGAACUAAAACUAGUUAUUUCAGCUCAGUUUCCACUUCUAACGCUGACAUGUUUUCAUACAGUUCACAUAUUGUGGCAGCUGUAGCUUGUUAAAUUAUUAUCCAUUAGAAGAAUAAAGCCAUGGCAAUAAACGCACAUGGAUGCCAUGGAUGCAUUCAUCUCUUUUGGUCGGGGUCAGUUUCUAAGAUUCAUCUUUGGAAAUUUGAAGGUCUGUAAAACACCAGUGUUCAGUGAGGCAGGAAAAUCUGGAUGGGGGGAGAUGCAGGCUGCAGGCAUCCACGAGCCACUAUCUUUGAUAAAAAAUGUCCUGAAGAGGUGUUGUGAAGGCCCACUCAUGAGAACAGUAACUUUCUGUGAUCAUGGGCUCACAGUUCCAACAUCUACACCACCAAGAAACUUGCUCUCCAGUUUUUUGUAGCUUAGUUUAUUGUUGUUUCUGUCAAAGCUGCAGACCAAAACAGCUGAUCACGAGAUUGCGAUUCACUAAGGCGGAAGAACACAUAGCCAGUAACUGAAGCUCCCUCUGCAAAAUAAGACCAAUCACUGAGGCUUUCUUGGCGAAAAAUCAACCCGUUAUCAGCCCAUUUUUACUUAAAACUCAUUAAUGUCUUCUUAAGGGACAACGGACACUGAAAUCACUGGAGUCUAAUGUCACUACUAUUGCCAACUACCUUAUCAAACCCAACUUGAAAAAUACAGAAUUAUCCCUCUGAGGUCAACCUUACAUUACCAUAUGGCACAUGAAGUUUAAAUCACUUUCCAUUAUUGAAAAUCCAGUCAACCCACAGGUAACCAAAAAGCAUUCCAAUACCUAAACUGUGCAAGCUUAAAUCACUUUUAAAUGUUGUGUAAAGACAUCUUAGCUUCACUCACUAACUUUAGAGGACAUGGACAAGCUAUUAGUCACAUAUGACUCAUACAUAGUUUUAACAGUUACGUACAGUUUUUGGAUUAUGUAUUAGUAGUAUCACAGAAUGAUGAGGUACACUUUUUACCUUAUAGUUCAACUGUAAUGUACAGCAGAGGUACUUUGUUGUCAUUAUUGUGUAGGAAAUUAUUCAUGCUGUGCCUCCAAACUUGUUAUGGUGCAAUAACUUGACAUGGAUAUUGUAGAAAUUAGAAAUAACGAACCAGUGAAUAAAUGUAAUACAGCCUUUGCUCUUA